UGUUUUUGUCGUGUAGAGAAAGCAACAAAUCUCAAUAUGCCUGAACCAGCGAAAUCUGCUCCAGCUCCUAAGAAGGGGUCUAAGAAGGCUGUUACUAAGACCCAGAAAAAGGGAGAUAAGAAGCGUAGAAAGACUAGGAAGGAAAGCUACUCAAUCUACGUGUACAAAGUGCUGAAACAAGUUCACCCAGACACUGGUAUUUCUUCAAAGGCUAUGGGGAUCAUGAACUCCUUUGUGAAUGAUAUUUUCGAGCGUAUCGCAGGGGAGGCGUCUCGUCUGGCGCAUUACAACAAGCGCUCGACCAUCACUUCCCGGGAGAUUCAGACCGCUGUAAGACUGCUGCUGCCGGGCGAGCUGGCCAAACACGCGGUGUCUGAGGGUACUAAGGCUGUUACCAAGUACACUAGCUCUAAGUAG